UUACGAUAAAAUGACAGAUUUUACAAAGUGCUGUUAUUUUUCAAAGAAAAUUAUAAAAAAAAAUUAAACCGGGUGGCGUAGACAAUAUGACACGGUGCGGAUUACCGACAUUGAAUAACUGAUUGACUGACUGACUGACUGAUCGACUGAAUGAUUAGUUGUUAGACCAUUGGAUAACUAACUGACUGAUUUGGUUGGUUGAUUGGUUAACUAACUUGUUAACCGGUUGACCAAAUAAAUGUGUUGUCUGAAUAACUGAAUAUUUCAAGAUUAAAUUACUACAUCUUAUUAUUUCUUCAGUGGUCUUUGACACUUUUUUUUAUCAAAAAAAAUCAUUCAAAUAUCCAAAUCAACAAUCAACUUUCAUAGCAUAAAUGAUCAUGUAUUCAAUGACAAUAUCGGUCAAUGUGAUGAUGUAUGAGAAAAAAUGAAAAAUAAAAAGCCUAAAUAUCAAUACACACACGUGUAUAUACACAUGCACAUAUAUAUAUACACACACACGUACGCCACUUAUUCAAAAUAAUCACCAAUCUACGAAUGAUAAACAGAUAAUUUAAUCUAUUCCAAUAGUGUAUCAAUAAAUCUACAUUAAAUAUGUUUAUAUGACGAAUUUAUUUCUAUUUUUCACUUUAUACCAAAGAAAAAAAAACAAAACAAAACAAGAAAAGAAAAUUAAUGAAACUGAUCUUUGAUUUUUCAUUACAAUAAUCAUUUGUUUACUUUCAUUUCUAUUAUUAAUAAUAUCCCCCCCCGCAAAAAAAAGAUGAAGAAUCAUAUUGCACAAUUAUACAAAUGAUUAUCAUCAUAAUUAUUCCAUUGAUAUAAACUUAUCAGGUAUCUAUCCAUCUAUCAAUAUACAAAUAAUGAACCGAUCUAAUCAAUGUUAUAUUUUAUUCUUAUUUAUUUAAUAAUUUCUAUUUUAAUUAUAUAAUUUGUCAUUAAUAAUCUAAUGACAAAAACACUAUUAUCAAUAAUAAUUUAUAUAAUUAUUAUUUAUAGUAUAAUUAUACAAUUUAUGAAAUCAUUACCAAAAGUAUAUUCUGUAAAAGGUUGUGUAACAUUUGUUUAUAAUGAUAAUUAUUCAAUGCGUCAAUCAAUAUGUGAUAAAUUAUAUACAAAUUUUCAUAGAAUACCAAUUAAUUUACCAAUAGAAAUUGUUAAAUUAAUAAUAAAUCAUCAAAAUAUUAUUCAAUUAAAUGAUACACAAUUUCAACAUUUACCAAAUUUAAUUUAUUUAAAUUUAGAUUCAAAUAAAAUUAAAAUUAUACAUCCAAAUACAUUUAAACAAUUAAUUCAAUUAAAAAUAUUAAGUUUACGUUAUAAUUUAUUAACUAUAUCUUAUGAAUCAUUUCAUCCAAUGAUAAUGUAUCAUUUAAAUAAAUUACAAUCGAUUAAUUUAUUACAUAAUCCAUUAGAUAAUAUACCAAAUCAUUUUUUUUUACCAAUUGGUAAAACAAUACAAUCAAUUAUAUUAUCAAAUAGUUUAAUGAAAUUAAAAUUAUAUAAUGAAAGUUUUUAUGGUUUAUAUCAAUUAAAAUUAUUAGAUUUAAGUAAUAAUUAUUUAGAAAAUUUACCUGAUUCAUAUGAAUAUAUAUUUAAUCAAAUGCAAUUAAAUGAAUUAUAUUUAUAUGGUAAUCCAUGGAAAUGUGAUUGUCAUUUAAGAUGGUUAAAACAAUGGUAUUUAAAAUAUAAUACAAAAUUAAUAUAUUAUAAAUCAAUAAAUGAUAUAAUAUUAUAUAAUAAUAAUAAUAUUGAUAUAGAAACAAAUUAUUGGUUAAUGAAUGAACAAAAAUUCAAUAAUCAAUUAGAUAUGAAUACAUUAUUACAACCUAAAUGUGCAACACCAAUUAAAUUACAUGGUAAACCAUUAUUUAAUCAAAUAAAUAAUAAUAAUAAUAAUGAUAAACAAAUAAUACGUAGUAUAGAUUUUCAUUGUUCACCAGAAUCACAUACACCUAAUCAAGAUAUUCAAUUUAUAUGGGGUAAUAAUUAUACAUUAAAUUGUAAAUUUUUUGCUGAUCCAUCAGGUAUUGUUAUAUGGUAUAAAGAUGGUAUAAGAAUACAAAAUCAUUGGCCAAGAAUAACAACUAAACAAAGUCAAGGAAGAAAUUUUUUAGCUGAAUUAACAAUUGAAAAUAUACAAAAUUCUGAUGCAGGAACUUAUAUUUGUUAUUUAGAUACAGGUUAUGGACAUGUAAAUACAACAUUUAAUGUACAAGUGGAUGGUGGUACAUCUAUAGAUGAAUCAUUUUAUCAUAAUGGUGUAUUUUAUUGGAUUAGUAAGUUGGAUACAACUCUUGUGCUCAAGUAUACUGGAAUGAUUGCUGUGUGUUUAAUCAUAUUAUUAGUAAUUAUGGGUUUACUGAUUUAUUUAUUUAAUGGAAAGAUGUAUUGUCGACCAAAAUUGUGCAUUAAUAAAACAAUACCAACUUAUGAUAAUAGAUCAGAUCAAUCUAAACUAGGACUAGGUGGUGAGUCAGAUACAAUAAACACUAGUAAUUCCAGUACUUUGAGUGAUAAAAAUACUAUUAGUAAUUCAAAAAGUACAUAUACGCUCCAGGGACAAAAUCUAAAUCUUUGUACACCAUUGGGACCUAAGAAUGACAAUAUAGCAAUGACAUGUAAACGUGCUCCAACAUCUGAAUUAGAUGAUCAUGUCUACUUGCAUUGUACUAGUUCCAACGUCUUAGAUCAACACAAUCUAUUAUCACAUAAAUCACGUGAUCCAACAUUUGAUAAUUAUGUAACAGUUCGUCUAUUACCAACAGUGACAGGUAGUGAUCUUACUGUUCCUUGCCCUAUACAUAACUAUGCAUUUAUACAUCAAGUUUCUACAGAUCCAACGACAGUGUCUACUGCAAAUAAUAUAGAUAUUAAUUAUGAUGGUGUUGUUACUGGAUCUAUGCAAGUGAUUCCGGAAUCUCAUAUUUCUUCAUCGAACAUAAAAAAAUAUAAUGCAAUGGAAAAUUCAAGUUUAACUACUUCUGUAAGUAAUAUGAAAAUAUCCAGUACUUCUGAAGAAAAUGUCGCAUUAAAAACUAAUAAAGCUAUAAGUACUGAUUCAGGUAAUAUAGACAAUAAAAUUGUCAGCAAUAAUGAUAAUAACUGUUUGAAUUCAUCGGUUUACACACCUUGUCCAUUGCAUGGUAAUAUAUAUGCAACACUCCAGAGUAAAGAUAAGAAAAAUAUUUCUGCAGAAAUACGUAAACACAUCGCCAAUGUACCACCAGGUUUGACAGGAUUAAAUUAUGAAAAACAUCAUACACUACCAAAUAAAAAGUUUCGCCCACAGUUAUCUACUUCUACUACCAAUGUUACUAGUACAUCUAAUAGUACUAAUGAUAUCCUUAGGACCAACACUACACAUACUAUUAAUUCUGUAACAGUUUCACUAACCGAUAAAUGAUAUUCUCUUAACAGUAUUGUACAUCAUUUAGUCAUCUGAUUGAGUAAAUGAAAAAUUAUCAUUAUUUUAUGAUAAUAAUGUAAAUUGACUAAUGUACAAUACACAUAUGCUUGCAAAUGAAUAGAAUCAUGUAUACGUUUAUCAAUACAUAUUAGUAUAAAGACAUUGAUGAAAAGCAAAUAGUUACUUAUUCCUAUCUAUUUAAAUGUACAAAUGGAUUAUACUACAAUAACUGUCCACCAUAUAGAUGAGAAGUAUAAAAAUCUGGAAUAAAUUAUAAUGAUUAUGCUUUUCAAUAUUCAACAACUAAAGGAUUAUUCAUGUUCAAAUCGAUCUAUUUAAACUAAAAAAAUCUCAAUCAAAUCAAUAAAUCAUUCAAACAAUGUUCCUUUCUGUGUUUAUCGAAUUGACAAAAGAAAUUGUAUGUAAAAUAUAAAAGAUUUCCAUUUGAUCACUUGAUAUUCAGUUGUAUAUUAUAAACAUACUUUGAUUGACCAAAAAGGAAAACGAGAAAAAACGAAAAGGAAAUGAAGUUUGGAAGUUUUGUUUGGAUAAAACAUUUGUGAAAUAUUAAUAUCAUGUUUCGUUGUAUUAAUAAAAUCUGAUUUUAG